CAUGCAGCUGAAAUUGCAACAUGGGUUGAUAAGAAAACUGAAAUAUAUUCAGUAACAAACAAUCCAUAUACAUUUAAGCUACUUCUUCGUGGGACUAAAGAUGGUUUUACUAAAGAAUCAUUUUGGAAAAUAUGUAAUAAGCAAGCAAAUACUAUUGUGGUAAUGAAAGUUAAAAAUACUGAUGAAAUUCUUGGUGGUCAUAAUCCUAUAAGAUGUGAUAAAUCAAAU